ACAAAACAGUGUGUUCAUCGGAAACUUUUAAACCGAAGUCGAAAAUCUGCAAUGGAAUUCGGCAGCAAACUCGAAGAAAUGAAUUUGACGCGUGAUGAAAUAAAUCGGCUCGGUGAAGCACUAAAAGACGAGAAGUUCCGCGAGUUGCUGAACGAAUAUGCAGCGGAGAUCUCGAACCCCGAGAACAAACGAAGAUACGAGGAGGAAAUCACGCAGCUGGAGAAGGACAGAGGCGUAAACGUGCAGUUUAUUCAUCCCGAAGCUCAUCACGUGCUGAAAACACGCAGCGCGCGCGACAAACGCUUCAUCAAUAUCUGCUCCAAUCAGCUGAUCGAUAAACCCUCGUGCGAGGCGGCCAGAGACCGAGACGGAAAACCGGGUCAAAACUGGCGUUUGCCGUUCAGUCUGACACCGGGCAGACCGGACAGAGACGCGGCCGGAAACAGCGGCGUGAUCUACGAUGUCAUUUUCCAUCCGGACGCGCUUCACGCGGCGGAAAACGACGAGAGGCUGAUGGAACUCAUCCACAGCACGGCCAUCGGAGGGAUCGAAGACUCUUUCCACGUCGAGCUGGACAGAAAUAACAUAAAGCAGCUGAAAAUGAAGUAUAAGGGUGUUCCACAGGCGGCCGUGAUCCGCAGGCCGAUUCCCGGACACCAGCAGCAACAACAGCACCUGCUGUCGUUCCCAUAUCCGGACCAGAUCCAGACAAAACCAGAACCAGAACCUAAAACUCCUGAUCCUGAAGACUCAAGAUCCCCCAAUCAGCCCAGAAAACCACAUUACACAAUAAAGUACCGAUCGGUCGUUGAUCUGCAGGAUUACAGGUGCGCCAGGGAUUCGGGGCCCGGGGCCCGACCCAGAGGGAUCGUCGUCACCGUCGAUUUACCGCUGCUGAAAUCCGCUCAGGACGCUGAGCUCAGUGUGAAGGAGCGACGGCUCGUCCUGGAGUCUCGAACACCAGCGUAUAAACUGGAUCUUCCGCUCUCGUAUCCCGUGGAUGAAGAUAAAGGAGAUGCGAAGUUCAACAAAACUAAGAAACAGCUGACGGUCACUCUUCCUGUUCUGCCGGUGAGAAGCACAGCAUUACACCAGAUCAGACGUGAUGAGAUGAAGAGCAACCAUGAGGAUGAUCAUGAAGCAGAUCAAAAGUCUGACACGCCAAAUGAGGACGUUCCUGAGACAGAAUCAAACCGCAGCGUUUUAACACACGAUACGGACGCGUUACGGCACGGGCCAGACAGGAGUUCUCCUUUAGCAUCUAAACCUCACUCAACCGAUUUAACGACAGAACCACAGACACUCAUCGAUCCAACAGUGAACCGAACAGAACCACAGGAACCGGAUCAUUUACAUCAAAUCUGCUGUGCGGAAAUGGACAAAGAUGGAAUUAACAUCAGUCGACCAGCUUCAUCAAAUACAUUUUCCAGCGAAUCUGAAAUCCAAACCCGUGUGACGGAAAACGACGAAGAUGGAGACGUCCAUGAAGGGAGCGUCGCCCCGGGGACAGAAAACCAGCUGCUGAUGACACGCAAUAAUACACUGAUAAACCAGCAAUCCAGCAGCUCAACUAACCAGCAGGAUCUGAUUUCUUCUCAGGACACUGAAAAACCAAAGACAAAACAUUCUUCAGAAGACCACGAGAGCGACACAGCCGAGCGAUUCGUGGAGACCAGCGUCCGAUCGGCUGCUGCCGGCUCUAUUUUGAGAGAGAUCGACCCUGACGGCAGAGACGUCUUCAUCUGCAAUCACAAGACCUCGGCCGCCUUGUGUUUCCAGAACUCUCUCUGGUCUGAUUUGGACUAAACAUACAAGUUUCUCUUAACUAACUGAAAGUGUGAUAUCACAUUAUUAGGGGUUUAUAUUCAAGAAUGUCUUUUAGUUUUAGUUCAGACACAAGUUUCAAAGUAAAGUAGAAGUCUUUGUUUAGUUCUGUUUAGAAAUAAACUUGAAAUACAGACUGACCUUUUGGGGAGAAAUGGGGGAAAGAAAAAAAAAAAAAAAAAAAAAAAAAAAAAAGGCUGAUUAAAAUAAAGGAAACUGAAUGAACAAUGAAAUAAGUCUGUUAAAGGAGAAGUUCACUUCCAGAACAACAAUUAUAGAUAAUGUACUCACUCCCUUGUCAUCAAAGAUGUUCAUGUCUUUCUUUCUUCAGUUGUAAAGAAAUUAUGUUUUUUGAG